AUGGUCGUGCAGAACUGCUCCAGCUUCCUGAUCAAGAGGAACAAGCAGACACGUAACACAGAACUCAAUAACCUGAAGGCUCGUAACUACUUCUGCUACAGUGGGCUGGUUCACCACAAGACUGUGAGUGUGGAGCUGGUGGCUGAUGGCAAAGGUGUAGUGGUGGCCGUGAAGGGGAAAUCCAGCCAGCAAAAGCCCGCCACCUCCUUCCUGUGGCCCGUCACCAAAAAGACUGCCCAGGGCACUCUCAGCAGCAUCAGGCACAUGAUCCACAAGAACAAGCCUGAGAUGGUGAAGAGGGAGCAGGUCGCCCUAUCAAGAGCUCCUGAAUGCCUACCCCCCAACUCCAAAGCAAUAAAGAUGUCAGCCACCUAA